UUUGUGCAUCCAGCCAAAUUUUUGCGUCUCUGUGCGCCAGCGCGUUUUCGUGUGCGAGGACACAUGGUGAUGAGACUAAGCACAUGUGUUGUUGUCACCUCCUCCAAGUUAAUCUCUGAAGAGGAGGUGUGGUUGUCUACUCUUUUGGAUUUCUGUAUUGAAUAUUUAGUGCCGUUUUGUCCCAAGCUCUUCAUCGAAUGACAGUUUUGACUGUGAAGCAUCAUCUGGUGAUUCGAUUUCUGAUCUCUACCUGGUCUUGGUCUUUGGACAUCUGUCUAAAAUGAGUUUUAGCAGUGACAUGGAUGAUACAGAAGAUGGGAGCAAUAGAGAGUUUGAAAGUGUGGAGAUGAAUAAGCUGCGUCAGAGCCUGAGCAGAAACAAGCCCACCUAUAUGCCGGAAGCCAGCCGCCCACACCAGUGGCAGGCAGAUGAGGAGGCUGUACGAAAGGGCAAAUGCAACUUUCCAGUUCGGUAUCUUGGCCUGGUGGAGGUAGAGGAGUCCAGAGGGAUGCAUGUGUGCGAGGAAGCAGUGAAGAAACUAAAAUUGAGUGGGAAAAAAACUGUCAAGGCUGUGCUAUGGGUGUCUGCCGAUGGCCUAAGAGUAGUGGACGACAAAACCAAGGACCUCAUUGUUGACCAGACCAUUGAGAAGGUGUCCUUCUGCGCGCCGGACCGCAAUUACGAUAAGGCGUUCUCCUACAUCUGCCGUGAUGGAACGACUCGCCGCUGGAUGUGCCACUGCUUCAUGGCCCUGAAGGACUCGGGAGAACGUCUGAGUCACGCGGUUGGAUGCGCGUUUGCUGCUUGCCUUGAGCGUAAGCAGCGCAGAGAAAAGGAGUGCGGGGUCACGGCUUCCUUCGAUGCAAGCCGCACAUCAUUUGUGAGGGAAGGCUCCUUCCGAGUCUCCUCCGCAGGACAGCAGAGUGACCGGGGGGACAUCAUGAAACAGCUACAGGACAAAAAGAAAGAAGUAUGCGGCAUUUCUGCUAUGCCACCUGGAAAUGCUUCUCCACCAGAAGGAGCGGCAUCACCUGUGGAGAGAGGGGAGCCAGGUGUGCCUCAUGCCAUCCCGCGGCGUCAUGCACCGAUUGAGCAGCUGGUGAGGCAGGGCUCUUUCCGAGGCUUCCCUCAACUUAGCCAGAAGAACUCACCAUUCAAACGGCAGCUCUCUCUACGUCUGAACGAUCUCCCUUCUACCCUUCAGCGCAAGACGGAUUUCCAGACUAAGAAUCCAGUUCCAGAGAUGGACCUGUCAGUGGCGGGAGAGGCAGACAGCAUAAAUGCUCUCUGCAGCCAAAUCAACAGCUCUUUCACCAAACCCUCUGAGGACCUGUGUGCCAAAGCCACCAGCAAUUGCUUACCAGUGUGCAGUGCACCACCUGCCAUCCCGCCUCCACCUGCUCCCCUGCAAGCAACCAACUCGUGGGUUCAGACUGAGCCUGCAGUCCAGUCUCCUCCACCCGUGCCUCAGGGCAGCCACAAACGAACUCCAUCUGAGGCAGAACGCUGGCUAGAAGAAGUGGCUAAAGCGGUGAAAGCCCAGCAGCAGACUCCGCCUAAUCUGCCUCCGCCUACUCUACCCCCACCACCCACUCAGCAACCUCCACCAGUUCCCUCCAUGCAUAUCGCACAGGGGUCCCUACCCACAUCUGUACAGCCAUUCCCCAUGGCCUUUGAUGUAACUCCUGUGCCCGUUGGCAUGUUCACCCAGCAACCUCUUCAGCCAGCGUUUGUACCUAUGCAGCCGUACAUGCCUACCUUGACCAACAGCAUGACUUAUCCCAAUGCCAGUGUGCCCGUGGUGGGCAUCACACCAUCACAGAUGGUGGCUAAUGUUUUCUGCACUGCGGCCGGUACAGUGGGUGGAGCAAUGAUGGGGGUGGGGAUGGGGCCCAAGACAGGUACACUUGGAGGUAGUCAACACUCAACGUUCCCCACCCUUCCUGGAGGCUUCCCCAACACCACAUUCGCGUCACCCCCAACUGUCAACGGCCACCCAAACAACUCCUUUCCCUCGACUACUAUGACCACCAGUGUCACCCAGAACGGCACUGGUAGCAUCGUAAAAGAAGGUAGCAGUUGGCCAAUGGAGAGUCUAAAACAGGCCAAUCCCACAUCCAGCUUGCAAGAAGCGGAGCAUUUUGAGGCUAAAUGGGCUGCUUUGGAAUCCAAAACGCAACCCAAGGCAGCCAACCCUUUUUCCAAUGACUUACAAAAGACUUUUGAGAUUGAGCUAUAAUUGGAAAUGUGGAACAAGCCUUGAAGACUCUGAGAUGAGGAGGAACUAUUUCGUAACCCAUCCCCAUCGCUUUGUCUUUUAGACGGUUUCCUUAUGCUCCUGGUCUGUUUGAGGGCAUUGGUUGUUGUAAGAGAUCAUCUGGUUGUAUUUUAUGUUAUCUGGAGAACUGCCAAUCGGACUCCAGAUUUGGAGAACAGAAAUUUCACAGAACUCAAAAAGAAGACAGUCACAUGUUAGGCACUUAUUGGACCGCUAAAACGAGAGACCUGCACGUUACUCUAACAAGUAAUGACCCUUGCUUGGAAAGUGAAUGAUUUUACCUGAAGCAAAUACCAUGACGGUAGUAAAUAACUAAUUAGGGGAUGGUCAAAAUAUAUAUUUAUUGUUUUUAUUUAAUUAUAUUGGUUAUUUUUAAUCAUUUUAUUAUUUUAUUUUAAUUGUUCUGAAGAAUUACUCUUGGUUGGUUUUCCCUUAUUUAUUUUCACUGAACAAGCUGAAAGAUUACAGGUGGAAUAAAUUGGCUACUUGAAAAAAUGAGUCACCAAAUAAGAGGUGGAAUCUAAUUUGAGAUAUAUCAAUAGAAGAAUGAGUUUAUUCUGUGUUCAGGAAAGGAUUGUAAAUAGUAUGCUUUUAGUUUACUUUUAUUUAUUGCCCUUUGUGUGGCUGUUUAGUUUUUUAGUAAUUCCAAAAAAAGUCAGUGCUGAAUCAUUGAAAUGUCCUGCACCAAGCGGAUACCAAAAGUACCAACAACAGGCACAUUCCAACCCUGAUUAUACUGUUGAAAACCAUAAUACAAAGAGAAACAGAGACAUAUAAAUGCUACAGCUCUGACUCUGACCUCUGAGCAUUGGAAACAAGUACUUAGAGGAAUUGCAAAACAUUCAAAGGGUUGUAGUUUUAUUUUUAUAUCGUAUUUAGCCAGACAAGUUGAGAUCUGUGAAUUCGGUUGACUGUGUACUGUAACUUUUAAAACAUAUUUGGCACCAUAAGGAGGUAUUUAAAAUACAUUCCAAAAGCAUUCGAAAAAGACUCAACCAUGUGAGACCCAGAUCACUCAGGAAAUCGGGCAAGCCUGUGCCAGUUUGUUUAAAGUAACACUUUCUUCUAAAAGUCUCAUGGGGCUUCUCAGUUAUUAAGAAUGUAUUUAAAAAAACGGAAAUGUGACCAUUCUAGUGCACACAAAAAGAAGGUUAGUGGACAAUUAAGCUGCUGUAAGGUAAAAAGGAGGAAAAGAAGAUGAAAAGAGUUAGUAUGGAGUACAGGGGUAGUUAAGCAAGUUUAUUAGCAAGUGUUGGCACAAGGUGUUUGUUUGACUACCUGGAAGCUUAAAGGGACAGAUCAUUUGAAUUGUUCAUGCAUGUUCAAAAGAUCCCAUAUUACAGUAACAGUAGGUUGAAACAUUGAAUAUGCAUAUUAGUUUUGGCUUUCUUAUCACUGCUGUUUUCACUCACUCUGGUCUAAAUAGGAAAAAAAAAAAAAAAAAAUGAAUAGGAAUAAUUGCCUUUAAUUGCAGGCAAAUACUAUUGCAAUCUCUAAAUGAUAAAAUCUCAUCUACUUGUUCUAAAAAACUAUUUGAAUCCCAAGGGAAACUCAUUCCAGUGGUCACGGUGUGUUGAGGCACAAACACAAUGUUUAAUAAUGCUCAACUGUUGUAUAUUUUUAAUUUGUUCUGAAAUUUGACAGGCUUGAGUUUUCUCAAGCAGCUCAAUCAUUGCUUCCAAGAGUACAAAUAUGAUGAUUUGAGUGAUCUUACUGGAGUGUGUGGAGCCCUGCAAGUGUCAAACACUAGAUGAUCAAAGCCAGACUGCACACUGUGCUCAGUGAGGUGUACUCCUUCCACUGGACAAAAACACACUUCCUACAGACUCUUCAAUAGCAGGAUACACAAGGCAGGCACAAUGUUUCUAACUGCUGGUUAAAAAGGCCAUUUCGACCAUAAUGUGUUAUAAAUCGACUUGGCCACCUCCCGGUGUUCUUAUCAACUGUUUAUUACAGGGUCAAGCAGGUCUGUUGUGGAAAAAUCAAUCUAAAAAUGGUUCUUUUCCAAAAGACAAUGCAUUUGUAAUUUGGCCUAGCUACAUGUAUGAGGUGGACCCUAUUUUAUGGAUGAAUUUAUAAUAAUAGACUAUUGCCCUGGUCUUUUGUCCACAUUCAGUCCCUAAACAAAAUAUAGGUUUUUCAAAACCAGGGAACUAAAUUACCUCAUGAACUUGAUUGUAAAAUUUAGUGUAGUGAUAACAAACCAGUGGAGUUUAUUUUUAAUCUUUAUUUACAGAAUUUUGUAUUUAAACCUACAUAUUUCUAUUGUAAUUACA